GCGCGCGCUCACUUCUCGUCACCCGCUCAGCGCAGUAGCUCGCGACUUUUCUCCGCGAGCCAACCGGACACCGCAGUCACUCACCUCGGGACACCAGGAUUACGACGUGUUUUGUGCCAGUGGCGAUGGUGAUUGACAGAUGAUCUGACUGAGGAAGACAUCAGACGCUGUCUCUGUGGUGGUUAUUAUGGGGUGUACCUGUUGCAAGCAGAAGAAGUCCGCCAAGGCAGCACUAACAUCAACAGCAGCAGUAGACAUUACGGAUCAGUCUCCUAGCAACGCAGACGGAGGGUUGUCCUCGGCCUUGACUCCGGGCCGUUACUGUCCCGACCCCACUCAGACCAUCCCAGACUUCAACAAGGGCUUCUCUUCAAGCACCAUCUUCCCAAACACCAACACACACCAGCGGCCUGGAGGUGGUGGAGUCACUCUCUUUAUAGCUCUGUAUGACUAUGACGCUCGCACUGAAGAUGACCUCACUUUUCAGAAAGGAGAGAAAUUCCAGAUAAUCAACAACACAGAGGGUGACUGGUGGGAGGCUCGUUCUCUGGACACAGGCAACUCAGGUUACAUCCCCUCCAACUACGUAGCUCCUGUCGACUCCAUACAGGCCGAAGAGUGGUAUUUUGGGAAGAUGGGGAGGAAGGAUGCGGAGAGACAGCUGCUGGGCCAUGGCAACCAGAGGGGAACUUUCCUUAUACGAGAGAGCGAGACCACCAAAGGUGCUUACUCUCUGUCUAUCCGUGACUGGGACGACAACAAGGGAGACCACGUCAAGCAUUAUAAGAUCCGCAAACUAGACAAUGGUGGCUACUACAUUACCACGAGAUCACAGUUUGACACAGUUCAGCAGUUGGUGGAGCACUACACAGAGAGAGCGGCGGGACUGUGCUGCCGUUUGAUUGGCAGCUGUAAGCGGGGCAUGCCUAAGCUGGCCGACUUAUCAGUGAAGACCAAGGAUAUGUGGGAGAUUCCCCGUGAAUCCCUCCAGCUGAUUAAAAAACUAGGCAACGGCCAGUUUGGAGAAGUCUGGAUGGGCUCUAAUGAUGGGCUGUGUUAUUACCUGACCAAGCCCUGUCUUAACAGCACCCCACUCACCAUGGGCCUAGGGCGGGAUGCCUGGGAGGUGCACAGGGACGCGCUGUCCCUGCAAAGGAAGCUGGGACAGGGUUGCUUCGGGGACGUUUGGAUGGGCAUGUGGAACGGUACCACCAAGGUAGCGGUGAAGACUCUGAAGCCAGGAACCAUGUCCCCUGAGGCGUUCCUGGAGGAAGCUCAGAUCAUGAAGAGACUCCGCCAUGACAAGCUGGUGCAGCUCUACGCUGUCGUGUCUGAGGAGCCCAUCUACAUUAUCACUGAGUUCAUGAGCCAAGGAAGUUUGUUGGACUUCCUAAAAGAUGGUGAGGGACAGAGUCUGAAGCUGCCACAGCUGGUGGACAUGGCUGCACAGAUUGCAGCUGGGAUGGCGUACAUCGAGAGGAUGAACUACAUCCACCGUGACCUGCGGGCAGCUAACAUCCUUGUUGGAGACAAUCUGGUGUGCAAGAUUGCUGACUUUGGCCUGGCUAGGCUCAUUGAGGACAACGAGUACACCGCCAGACAAGGGGCGAAGUUCCCCAUCAAGUGGACGGCUCCAGAAGCUGCAUUGUACGGACGCUUUACCAUCAAGUCAGACGUAUGGAGCUUUGGCAUCCUACUAACUGAACUCAUCACUAAGGGACGGGUGCCGUACCCAGGCAUGAAUAACCGUGAGGUGUUGGAGCAGGUGGAGAGGGGCUACAGGAUGCCCUGUGCCCCCGGCUGCCCCGCCUCGCUCCAUGAACUGAUGGUGCAGUGCUGGAGGCGGGAGGCCGAUGAGAGGCACACUUUUGAGUACCUGCAGUCCUUCCUGGAGGAUUACUUCACCGCCACGGAGCCGCAGUACCAGCCUGGAGAAAACCUGUGACCAAUGAUGCAAUAAACGGACAAACAGAAAGACAGAUAGACAGACCGGUCAUCAUUGUAUUUGUCCCAUGCACACACACACACACACACACACACACACACACAUAUUAGAAUACAUAUCAUUGCCUUGUUUCAUUGUUUGAAGACAGUUUCCUCCUCUUGGUUAUUGAUCACUGCAGCCCAUUCAGGACAGAUCAGUCAACCGUGCUGAAGAGCCGAGUCGGAGCUCUGCUGAUCAGGCCUUGCAGUAAUGUUGCUUUGCUCUGUAACCAUGACAACAAGGAACUGAAAGAAGAUGUAGAUGUUCGUGUUGAGGUGGGGGGAAGUGGAGUUGGUACAUGAUUUGUUCAGCUGCCAUAUAUGUUCAGGUCCUUGAUUUCUGCUUCUGAGAAGAGCCAUUUUUUAGCAGGCCAACUGUUUGCCAAAUAAAUACAUUGAUACAGACACGAUAGAAGGUGCAACAGGUUCCAGAUAACUGUAAAUGAACCCAGUGAACCCGUGUGGUAGGUUGUGCACAGUGCACAUAGACGCUGUAAGAUUUUUAAGAUGCCUCCUCUUUCAAAAAUCUUACACGCAUAUAAAAAGGCUGUUGAUCUGAUCCACGUCCAUCACCUGAAAGGGGGAACUGAUUUUACAUUUGCACCAAUAAGUGCCUUAAAGUGUUCAAAUUAAGGGCUGUUUUAGAUUUUAAGUACCUUCAAUAUUGUUAGUAAAGACUGGAGAGAUGGUAAGGAAUGCUCUUUGUUUGUCUGAUAAUUUGUAUGACAAUUUUGUAUGAACUGUCUCUUUUACUGUUUUAAUUUAACUCAGAUACUAUGUCUGUGCAUCACAAAGACUUCUAUAUCUAGCUAACAUGUAUACAGUUUUCAUCCAUUGGGAGGGCAGGGUGAAAUGUUACACAUAAAGGGGGAAAGAUCAGCAUAAGUGGGCUUUGGAAGGAUAGUGUUUAUGACAAGAGUGUAACCUUUAUGUGAUUUUGAAGAGAUUAUCCUGUCAUGUUAUUGUAAUAAAGAUCAUAUCUUUUUCCGGGUUACAACUUGUCUCUCAUUCUGUGAGUUUUUGGACAUGUAUGCUAUUUUCUUUGAUGCUUUGUAAGAGGUAUGUCAACAUCAAGUGUCAUCAUAUGCAAUACAAUCAAAGAUAAAUGAUGAUUUCCUUUG